AUGACCCGAAAUCCCAAACGCUCUAUCCUACGUAAAGAACAAUCCGAACGAGAUCGGAUGAAGCAUAUUAUAGAAUCUUCCGGUUAUCAACAAAGCUUGCAGGACGAUCUAUGCACUCGACGAAUCCCUCUUGAACUCAUUGAUUUGGCUGGUGCUUGGAUGGCUAGUUGGAAUGACGAAAACAUUCUGGUGCAGUCUGCUGUGCACGCUUACGAGUCUUGGCGGUCGCACGUGAAUUUCAUUAGACGUACUCUAGUGCGUGCCCAGACUUCUUGCUCAUCGCUAGUAGUAUGUCUAUGGUAUAUGGACCAGUUAUGCCAUGGAAGUCGACAUGUAGUACAAUGGAAACAACCCAGGGAUCUCUUUAUGGCAUGCAUUGUAGUGGCCGACAAAUUUUUGGAUGAUGUGACGUGGACAAACCUGGAUUGGGUCGACCAUACACUUGGGGCUUACAGUCUACAACAGAUCAACAAUCUUGAACGGCAGCUGAUGGGUGCUAUGCAAUAUCGGUUAUUUGUACCCCACACGCAUUACGACGACUUUUGCGCUUAUCUCGAUUUCCGUGUACAUGCUCGACAGCUGAAUCCGUUCUUGGCAACCGGGUUGUCAUACCAUGAUAUAAAUGUCCUUAGCCAGUCACUUGUACCGCUGUACGCAGAUAGACUAAAGUUUACACUAAGGCCGAUGGAAGCUAUGAUGCUACUAGCAAAAAUUGUGACUGGAAUAUGUGUAGUAUAUGCAGCGACUGUAGCUGCAAUGGCAACUGUUGUUGUAUCGACCGAAUAUAUGCUUGCUCAGUCUCAGUGGACGAUGGCUGGGUGGGAGACCCACUUACAGGAACACAUUGUGACCUUGGCAGUGGACUGGAUGAUCCGCACCGAUGGAUUGGCCGGCUCAAUUCUUGAGAAUCCCCAAGCUUGUCUCGGUAUCACAUGUCUUUGA